GAGGGAGAGAAGGAGGGAGAGAGAUGGCUGUCCAGCCGGGUGUAAAGGGCACCAGUCUGUGCAUCGUUACUGGGGCGUCCCGGGGUCUGGGCCGGUCGCUGGCGUUGGAUUUAUCCGCCAGUCUACAGCCCGGCUCCCAGCUGGUGGUGGCGGCCCGGGGCGGGGAAGCGCUGCGGGAGUUGCAGGAUGGGGCAGCGGGGUCGGGGGUGGACGUCUGCCCGGUGCAGGCUGACCUGAGCGGGGACGCGGGGCUACGGGAGGUGGUGCGGGCGGUGCAGCGGCAACAGCAACAACACGGAGCUCCGGACAGGCUGCUGAUCAUCAACAAUGCCGGCACUCUGGGAGAUAUCUCCAAGCACAUGGUGGACUUCACCCAGCCUGGGGAGGUCACCAGCUACAUGGACCUCAACUUCAUGUCUCCUACAUGCCUCACGGCCGCGCUGCUCCAGGCCUUCCCCAGGAGGGAGAACUUCCAACGGACGGUGGUGAACAUCAGCUCCCUCUGCGCCCUGCAGCCCUUCAAAUCCUGGUCGGUCUACUGUGCAGGGAAAGCAGCUCGCGACAUGAUGUUCCGGUGCCUGGCAGCAGAGGAGCCAGAUGUCAGGGUGUUGAAUUAUGCCCCAGGGCCCUUGGACAACAGCAUGCAUGAGCAGGCUCGGAGGGAGACGGGAGACCCUGAGUUGCGGCAGAUGUUCGUGGACAUGCACCGACAGGGACAGCUGCUCAGCUGCCAGGAAUCGGCACGGAAGCUUCUGGAAAUCCUGGCAAAGGACGAGUUUGAAUCGGGAGCCCACAUCGACUACUUUGACCCGUAACCAGUGAUGGAAGUGGGUUUUAGAACUCGGGGUACUCUAAGGUCUGUGAGGCUGAGGUUAGGAAGGGGGGGGGUUACAUGUGCGGUCAUGAUGACAUUUCGGGUCGAGACCCUUCUUCAGACUGACAGUCAAGGGGAAAGGGAAACAGGAGAUAUAUAGGCAUAUCUUCCAUUCAUUUGUCCUUAGUACCCUCUAUAUCUCUUGUUCCUCUUUCCCCUGACUAAGUCUGAAGAAGGGUCUCGACCCAAAAUGUCAUCCAUUCCCCUCUAUGAUCGUUGCUUUCGUCCGUCUGUUCGCUCGCCCUUGGGUUAAGUAACGCAGGAUAAAGCUGCAAAUUCACGCCAUUCCCCUCCCAUUCCCAAUCUGACCUUUCUGUCCUGGGCCUCCUCCAUUGUCAGAGUGAGGCCCAGCGCAAAUUGGAGGAGCAGCACCUCGUAUUUCGCUUGGGCAGCUUACACCCCAGCGGUAUGAACAUUGACUUCUCUAACUUCAAAUAGCCCUUGCUUUCCCUCUCUCUCUCCAUCCACUCCCCUUUCCCAGUUCUCCCACCAGUCUUACUGUCUCCGACUGUAUUCUAUCUCUGUCCCACUCAUCCCCGACAUCAGUGUGAAAAAGGAUCUCGACCCGAAACGUCGCCCAUUCCUUCUCUCCAGAGAUGCUGCCUGUUCCAUUGAGUUAUUCCAGCAUUUUACAUAGAUACAUAGAAAAUAGUUGCAGGAGUAGGCCAUUCGGCCUGUUGAGCCAUUCAAUGCCCAAUCAGUACCCCAUUCCUGCCUUCUCCCCAUAACCCUUGAUUCCACUGGCUCGAAGAGCUCUAUCUAGCUCUCUUUUGAAUGCAUCCAAUGAGUCGGACUCCACUGCCUUCUGAGGCAGAUAAUUCCACAAAUUCACAACACUCUGGGUGAAAAGGUCUUUCCUCAUCUGAGUUCUAAAUGGCCUACCCCGCAUUCUUAAACUGUGGCCCUUGGUUCUGGACUCCUGCAACAUGUUUCCUGCAUCCAGCAUGUCCCACUCCCUUAAUAAUUUGAUGUUUCUAUAAGAUCCCCUCUUAUCCUUCUAAAUUACAGUGGAUCCAAGCCCAGGCGUUCCAUUCUUUCAUCAUAUGACAUUUCUGCCAGCCCCGGGAAUUAACCUGGUGAACCUACGCUGCACUCACUCAAUAGCAAGAAUAUCCUUCCUCAAAUUAGGACCAAAACUGCACACAAUACUCCAGGUGUGGUCUCACCACGGCCCUGAGCAACUGCAGAAGGACCUCUUUGCUCCUAUACUCAAAUCCCAUCAUUAUGAAGGCCAACAUGCUAUUAGUUUUCUUCACUGCUUGCUGCUUCUUUCAUGCAUGGGGCGGGGAGAAGAAAGGAAAAAGAAGGAGGAGGAGCCCGAAGGCUGGGGGAUGGGAGGAGACAGCCCGAGGGCUGAGGAAGGGGAGGAGACACCAAGGGCUAACAACAUUGGGAGAAUUCAAUGUUCAUGCCCCCAGGAUGCAGACUCCACAAGCGGAAUAUGAGGUGCUGUUCCUCCAAUUUCCUGUGUUGCUCGCUCUGGCCAUGGAGGAGACCCAGGACAGAGAGGUCGGAUGGGGAAUGGGAGGGGGAGUUGAAGUGGUGAGCCAUCGGGAGGUCAGGUUGGUUAUUGCGGACCGAGCGGAGGUGUUCGGCUAAACGAUCGCCAAGCCAUUACUGCACCAUUGACUAAAUCAGACUAAUCAUUCAAAAUUUCUAUUAGCUGAAGGACAGAAAAACUGAACACUAUAUUCUAACUAUGGCACAACCAAUGAUUUAUAUGUUUUCUGAAGCAUUAUUUCCCAGUUGAAAUGUAGCAUAUCAUUUGCUUAUGAAGGGUUGUAUAUCUGAACCCUGAUUUUUUUUUAAAUGUGCACAUUUUAUGCAUCUCCUUUGUCUUGGUUUCUUGGUCCUCCAAAACAUUCCAACUGGAAUUUAAACUGGAGGUGGUGGAGGGAGGGCUUAAGCCAGAAAGGGUUAUUGGGAGGAGAGAGCUACUUUAAAUUUAGUUGCAUCUGGUUGGGUAACUAUGGUUGGGUGGAGAUUAUUCCAUGCUUUAAUUGUGCGGGGGAAGAACGAAUUGCUGUACACAUCUGUCUUUGUAGCUGGGAUCACAAAUUACAUCGAAUGCCCUCGUCUGCUCCUAAUUGGUUUGGGUUUGGUGUAGGUCUUGUAGUCUAUGUCUAGCUGACCAUUUAACAUUUUGUAAAAACAGGUCAAACGGUGAGUUUCACGUCUGUCUGUCUUGGAGAGGGUUCCACCCCGACCAGAGAAUUCAGAAGUUUGGUGACACUCGCUUCUCUCUCAUAGGCGUUAGUAACAAAUCGAGCUGCCUGUCUUUGGACACGUUCGAUGGAAGAAAUGUUUUUAUCUGUGUAGGGGUCCCAUGCUGCAACUGCCUAGUCCAAAUGAGGUCUAACGAGGUCCAAAUGAGGUCUUUCUCCAAAAUACUUCCCAAAAUACAUCAUCGAGUUUUCGAGAGCGGAGAGAGGCACGGAGGCAGAGAG